AUGCUCACAAGCGAGGCAGCGAGAAGGGUGCUAUCCACUGCAAAGUUGCGACAAGGUUCUCAGGAGACAGCCGCCAUUGUAUCCUCUCAAACAAAGCGGUAUGUCCCGCCUAUCACCUUGGGGAAUGCGGCUGUCGGAAUCGCAACAAAUAUUGAAGGUAUAUCUGCAAACAGCAAGAGCUUACCAGACGGUACCGACGUCCCGAAGGAGUCCGAAGUCUGGAAAGAAGGCCUUCAGAGCCUAUCAAAGCUUUUAAACCCACGAGCAGCAAGCCCGAACAGAAUGCCACUGCGGGAACGCCUCACUCCACCAGCUUCUACACCGCCACCUCCACCAAAGCCAAAGACUCAUUCGAUACCGGUGCUAACAGGAACAAAACCUCUCGAGCCCACCAUAGUAUCGACUAGAGACUCAAGGAGUACUCCGCAAACACUAGUCAGGGCAUUGCAUGCAUCACGUUCGCGUGCAAAAGUUGAUGAACCUGCAGUCGCUCAGCACAAAGCUUUCGACGUGAGAAAAGGCGCCCAAACAGAGAAGGUAGAGAACAAGUCAGAACGGUUGAAGCCGGCACCUGGUUCACCCCCGCAAGAAAAGAAACCAGUGGAACGCCACAGCCCUUUACUCAAGGCCCCGGCGCUCCCAAGUCUGAAUCUUCGUUCAAUUUUGUCUUCCGGCUUGACCCCCUCAUCCACUGCGGUCGGCAAGCCUGUUACGUCUCCAGAUCCUCUGCCAGAUCUGCGCUCGCUCUUACGACCUGUGACGUCCACUACUGACCCCAAGAAGCAUCCAAAUGAAGCUGACAACGGGGCGAGUUGUCAUGGUCCCGUUUCUGUGCCAGCUUCAGCAAUGUCUCUGCUCCGGUCUUCCCCGAGAGCCCGCGCACGUAAGAAUGAUGCGGAGGGAACCUCCAAACCGCUUAGCUCUCUCAGCCUGCCUCAUUCAGCAGUUUGGAAAUACCUGGAACCCGCCACGCAAUUGGGGAAAGGCAUGCCUGAAAGCGACAGCCUGAUUCAAGCAAUACAUGGGAUUGACAAGAGAAUAACCGAAGUAGAGCACAAACUCAUACCUCUGCGGACUUUCAAGUCUAUGUCAUCUGUCAAGGUGGAAUCAAGUCCUGAACGAGUCCCCGCAGCGAUUACUAUGAGCGAGGACUUGGGGACCAUGUUUGCAAUUGCGAAGCAAAUUGCGGCAGGUGCUGAUCUCCAAGAUGACUUCCGACCUAGUGUGUCUACGGAUCCUUCACAGGCGGCGUUGCGACUUAUCGUUGUUCAAAAUCAUGCCAAAGCAGCUGCCGCAUCUGCAGCUCUGCGACCCGUUUGCAGUCAUCCUGACCGAGGCCUGCAGAGCAUCAAGGAGGAUUUCGAGACCACGUUGCCAGUUGUCUCACGAAAAGUAUUCGCCGCUGUGUCUUGUGAAGUGAGGAAGAGAAAAAUUGAGGCGGAUGCCAGAAAUCGGGCACUUCGCCGGGAGUACGUAAGCUUGAGGGACUCUUGGCUUCGCAAACUGAAGUCUGCUCGAGACAAAAAGUCAAGAGAAAAGCGAGAAGCGACGAAGGAACGAGACCGAUUUCUUGUUCUUCGCACCAAGGGCCAUUCUGCACUCUUAACGUCACGUACAAGUUCAGGGCGGACGAGUACGAAAUUGUUUCCCUCGCUGAGCGCAAAUGGACACCUCAAUAGCAACACAGAGGUAGACGCAUUGCUAGCUGAGAUUGCGGCAGCAGGGGGCACUCCCGGCUCGAAGGACAUUUGGUCGAAGACUCUUGCGGAAAUUCCUGAUCAAAACUGUUCCUUUGUGCCAUGUGACAACGGCUCGGUCUUUGUUGAGGAUCCUAUUGCAGAUUUUACUGCUUCGCAGCAUGUGAACCCGUGGUACUUUAAGGAGAAGCUUGUUUUUCUUGAGAAAUUCAUAGUUUACUCAAAAAACUUUCGAAAGAUUGCAAGCUUUCUCGAACAUAAAUCGACACGAGAGUGCAGUCAGUUCUACUACAUGAACAAGCUUGAUCUCGGCCUGAAGCAGUUGGCGAAGGAAUCGUCUGGUAUGAAGAGGAAGGGCAUUUUGCGAUCCCAUAUAGUGAACCUUGCGAAGAAGAGGCUCUGCUUUGAAUCAGAUGAAGUCGUCGAAGAGCAAACCAGGGCGUUUUUGUCAGCCAACAGCCUCGUUAUUAGUUCUAGCUUUGACAGAGGCCACAGUUCUGAGUUGAUGGAUCUUGGAGGCAGUCGCGGGAACGCUCAUAUCGACAAAGCUCAGUUGCAAUCAAUGAAGAUGAUGUUUAAGAAGCGAAUCAUGGGGGAGUACGGGAAGUUGGAUGUAUCUGACAUCGAUAUUGAGAAAUUUUCAAGAGUCAUCGCCAUGUACGGAACUGACUGGAAGAAGGUGUCCGCAGAAAUGGAAAUCCAGGGCAAGUCCUCCACACACUACCGCGAAUUUUACCGAAAGAAUAGACGCAAACUUCGUCAAGGCCUUGACAACUCUUCGUAUCCAAGACUGACGGUCUUGCCUCGCUGGCGAAGUCCUUCCUUGCGGCAGUCGCCCCGAACUUCCCCUCAACCGUCACCUCGGUCUUCACCGUCCUCUUCGCACCGCAGACUUCGCCGAAAUAUGAGUGCGCGGGAAAUCGAUGAAUUAGCGCUCACCCAUGCAGUGCAUUUGCCCAAACUUACACCCUCCGCCAGCACGGCAGCGCACGGAAAAGGCAGCUCUCCUACGGCCCAGAACAGCGCCCAUCAAGUGCAGAUCUCGAAUAUGGAAUACAGGACAGCGAAGGAUGCUAAUAGGCGCAGAGACGGAGAAACCGAGUCGCGGAAGAGCAAGACAAGUACAUGGACGUCAGAAGAAGGAGAGCAAUUCAGACAGUUGUUUAAACGAUACGGCCGUGAUUGGAAAAGGAUUGCUCAUCUGAUGUCACCGAAGACGCCUACCCAAGUCAAAGGAUACUGGAAGAAGGUUGCGCAUGAAGUGGGAAACGGUCUGCCGUCCGAUUCAACAAAGACAAAGGGCGAGAAAAAGAGACCUCGUCGAUCAGCAUCCGUUGAUGAACUGCCAGGGGAGGAGACGAACGAUUUAGAAAGGUCCUCAGAAAAAAGGUCAGUGUCGGUGAAACACAUUGGUGCAUCUCAUGGUGACCGCGACCGACGUGAAACCAAGAGGCAGAGACAAAAUAGCCCUUCAGUAUUUCCGAAGGAAGUGACGCACAGCCCGUCUGAUAAGGUCUGCGAAGGAAAAUUACGUACUUCGAUGGCCAGUCCCAACUUAGCAGAACAUAGCUCCAGGGCGAAUGGAGCGAUCAACGAGUACAUAGGCAGGGAUCAUCCCAAUGGAACGGAAUCAAAUGAGGAAACAGACUCAAAGAAAAUCGAGGGACGCAAGACUUUCGAUAUGAAAUUCCCACCGUUGCGAUCUACACCGGUGCCCGUGUUUCGAUCAAUCCCUGCGGGAAAACUUGGCGUGGAGGGAUCAGGCGGAGAGAAGGGCCGCAGAGGUGAUGUCGCGGUGCUCGGAGGAGUCCGGACUGAGGGCGAAAGAGGCUCAGAAAAUGGACCUCGACAAGCGGAAUUGCGCAGGACAGCCGAGUCUUACGGAGUGCUGGCGCAUUUGGGGGCUCGCCUUGACGAUGCCUCGCAUGGACAGAAGGGGAAGAGGCAGUCAUGACCACGGUCAAGACUUUAAUAUUUAUAGCCGGUGCGGAAGGGAACUUGUACAGGAUCGCACCAGCACUGAACAGGUUGUAAAGUAUGUAUUGCUCGAGCAGCUAGCUUCGCAAUGCUUUGUACAUAUGACUACUCUUCAAACCUGCUCUCGGAAGUAGACAAACUCCUAGUGUCUAUCGGACCAUUGUUCUCUUAUGCGGACACUUUUCGACAUAUUUUUUCUUGACUUGCGCUUCCUCGACAAGAGAGAAACGGUACCCCCGCGAACGUACUUGACUUCUGCCUUGGGACCAGAAAGAACUUUGUGAGAACUUCAUGUUCUUCCUGGUCGUUUUUAGUUGUGUCUGGAAAAGACUCUUUUUUUAAACCACCUUAAAACCGCAUGUAAAUAGCUU